CAUUACAAUACAUUUGUAUCCAAACUCAUUGAUAUGUUCUAAAUCUUUUCUUGAAAGUGUUUAUUUCUUGCAUUUGGUUUUCUUUAUGUUCUCUUACUAGAUACUUGAAGUAUUUGUCCAUACUUAGAGUUGUCUAGUAAUUUUGUGUCUAUUUCUUUGUUUCGUGCUAAUUUGUUCCGUGUUUUUUUCUCUCUCUAUUUUCAUUGUGUAUUUCUUGUUUCCUGUCAGUUUAAGUUUUGUUGUCCUUUUCUUUGUUUGACAUAAACUCCAUUCUUGAACCAAGCUUUGGAACUUACUUUGAGGUGUUUGAGUUGCUGGUUUAUUGAAGAACUUCGAGGAGCAGCCCUUGAGUGGUAAAAGGCGAGAGUGGUGAGAUUCUUUGUGGGUAAAAAGCCUACUUGUGUGAUACACGAGUGUUGAGAGUCACUACUUGAGUGAUGUAAGGGUGUGAUGCUUUUGGUGAGGUCCUUUUGCUUCUAACAAUUUUUUGUUUGUAAUUAAGCAAUUUGCAGGUCUUUGGGAGGUUGUGGCUACAUCCAUGGAUACCAAAAGAAAGGAAGAAGAUAAAAUAUUAAAAGAAAGAGAUGAAAAUGACUUUUACUGGUUACGAAAACUCUAUGAAGAAAUGAAGAAAGCAAAUGAUGAGUGGGAUGAAAGAAAGAAGAAACAACAUAAUUCCAAAAAAACAUCUUCAAACUAUCCUUCAUCUAAUGAGGGGGAGUUGAAGCACAAGGCGUAUGAAAAGAAGGACCAAAGGGACACAUCAAGUGCUUGUAGAAAAUCAAAAAUCAGAGUUGAUGUUAGAAGUCCUCCAAAAGAUAGUAGAGGAAUUCUUGGCAAGUAUGUGGGUGCUUAUGAUACUUCAAAUAACAUAUUCUUCCAAGGAAAGCAAGGGAGUGUUUCUUCAUCAGUUGGAUCCUUUUUCAAUUCAAACAAAAGUGAGGAUGAGCGACAAAAGAAAGAGAGAAGUAAGGGUGAGAAACUUGACAACUCAAGAGAGGAAAAAGUAGAGGAAGUGAUGAAUGAAGAGAGUGAGUUGUCAAGAACUGGAAAUGAGUGGACAAAAUCGAGUGAAGUGCGUUUGGGAGGUAAAAUAGAGGGUGAACAAAAGCACUUGAGAGAUGAUAGAAAAGAAGUGCUUAAAAGAAAAGAGUGCAUAAGUGUGAAAGGAUCUUGUUCAAGCUCUAACCUUUUAACUCAUUCUUUUUCUAGUAUUUGUGCUCCAAAUGUGCAGGUUGUUGAAGAAGAACCCAUUGAAGUGUUGGAACAACAAUUGAAGGAAGAAUCUAGCUUCAAAUGGGAUUUGAAAGUAGCAAAGGCUGAUGAUUUGUGGAAACAAUUGCAAGUAGAAGACAAAGUUGAGCUUGAUGAUCUCAUGUGGUAUGACCUUAUCGAUGAUCUAUUUGUAGAUGCAAACAAAACUGAACUUGUACCACAAUUUGUUGAAUCAAGGGUUUUAGGUGAAGAUAUAACUCAAAUUGAGAGUGAACAUAACUUUUUUUGUUGUUCUUCUCACGUGAGCAGUCUGCCACAAUGUGGUGAAAGUGGGAAACGAGAUAAGUUGAGUGAACAAAUCCAAGAGAAUUUGAGAAAGGAUGAAUCUUGUUCAUAUGCUAAUAAACUAACUCUUUCUUGUUUUAGUCUUUUAUCUCCUUUCAUGCAGAACAUUGAGGAUGAACUUUGUGUAAAGGAUGAUGACAGCUCACUUGAAGAAGACAAUCUCAUGGGUCAAGGUUUUAAAGUGUGGGAUAACCCAUUGUGGGAUGAUACUAAACAUGAGUUUACUGUACAUUUUUGUCCACUUUGGGAUUCCAAUGAAGGAAGCAAAGGUGAUGAAGUUUCCAAUGAACACAUUGAGACACAUGAAGCUUUUGGUGUCGUAGAUAUUGAGAAAGUUGAGCUAGGUGCAGAAUGUAGUAGCUCAAGUGCGGAAAAGGACAAGUGCUCACAUGUUUUCAACUUCACAAUAUCUUUAUCUUGUUUUCUAGAUCCUUAUUUGCAGGUUCAUUCCAAGCCACUUCACAAGAAAAUAACUUUUGAUCCAUAUCAUGACCAUGGUAUAUUGAAUGGUCAAUGUCAAGAUUCGAGGACGAAUCUUCUUUAAGAGGGGGAGAAUGAUAGCAACCAUGGAGGCUCAAAUGCAUUAAGGAGCAAAAAAGGUCACCACCAAGAUUCGGGACGAAUCUUCUAUAAGAGGGGGAGAAUGAUAGCAACCAAGGAAGCUUAAUUUUCGUUGAAGACUAAAAAAUAUCAAGAUGCUUUAAUGGGCUUCAUUUGGUAAUGACAUGUCAUGUAAUGGAGGAAUAGCUCCAGCCCAAAGGAGAUCUUUAGGGCUUUAUACUAAUUGGAGGCCCCAAUUGAAAACCAAGAUGAGUUGCAUUAUGGCCCAAAACAUGCCCAAAGAAGGAACAAGUUCAGUAGCCCAUACUUGUGUUUCUAGAAGAUCAUUUAAUGCUACGUUGACUACAUUUAAUGUUUUUAUUGAACAAAGUGUUGGUGGUCAUCUAUGCACAUUGGAACAAAUGUUUGGUGGUCUUCUAUGCACAUUGGAACAAAUGUUGGUGGUCUUCUAUGCACUUUGGAACAAAGAAUUGGUGGUCUUCUAUGCAGCUUGGAAAUUGCACCUUAAUUAAUUUGGUUUGACCAACUUUAAUGUCUAGAAUGUUCUUUAUUUUAUUUAGGGUGGCAGCCACCAUUUCUCCUAUAUAAAGGGGUGUUUUCUUUUUCAUUGUAACUAAGUUUGAAUAUUAAUAAUAUUAGCCUUGUGCUUGUGGAGACCUUUGAGGUUCUCUUUUGGGUUAUGCCCUUUUUGUUCUACUUUGAACCGCAACUCGGAUUCUUCGAUGGUAAGAUUCCUUGUUUGAGUUCCCUCCCUCCAUUUCUUCUUCUUCUUAAUUGAUUCACUAUUAAACAACGUUUUAAGUAUCAAAUACUUGAACUUGUGAACUUCUUUC